AUGGAUAGAAUCCUUGAGAUAGUAAAUGAAAUACCGCCUGUGACAAAGUAUUGGGUCAUAGGGAUCUUCCUGACAUCAGUAUUGACAACUUCUAAGCUUGUCCUAAAAAAUAAUUUAAUAUUCGUACCAGAUAAAGCAUUAGGUGUACAAUGCUGGAGGUUAGUGACAAGUUUUUGUUAUUUCGAAGAUUUAUCUCUCAGGUUUCUCCUAUAUUUGUGGCUUAUGAUGAACUCAAGCAGGUUCAUAGAGGAGUCAUUCAAAACCAGCUUGCAUUUAUUUCCCUUUAGCAUUGAUCAAUUGAACCCUGCACAACUUGAGAUAUUGAAUCAAGUAAUCGAUAAAAAUCGAUCCAUUGACUAUUUUCAUUACCUCAUCUUAAUAUGUUCAUCUAUAGUCAUAACUGCCUCCUUUGGCUACUAUCUAUUUGAUUUGAAAAUAAUGUUUUUAGGUCCAUUAUUGGAUGAUAUACUAUUCUACAUUUGGUGCCGAAAAAACUCCUUAAUGGAAAUCAAUAUCUUAGGAAUAUUCACAAUCACGGCUGCUAAUUUGCCGUGGUGCUAUGCAUUCUUGAACUUACUCAUGUCGGACUUUUUCCAAAGAGUCUUAGAUGCUAUUUCGAAUGGUAAGUUCACAAUGUCAGUUAUAACGAAGGAACAAUUUUUCUGGAGGGUAAUCAUCUAUUGUACUUUAGGGCACUUUUGGUGGUACACAAGAGAUUUUUUGUUGCCUUAUGUCUACUGGCAGAAAGACAAGGAGAGGCGCCUCUUGAGAGCGGAGACUUUUCAAAUUUAUAGAGUGAAGAGAGCUAAUGUUGUCAGAACUGUGUUGGCUGUCAUGUUAUUACCCCCCUGGUACUGGAUUAUACUUCAAAAAAUCAGGUCUACUUAA